GGAAAAAUCGAUACGGAGACAGCUGUUCGUGUACAACAAGUGCAACGCAACGCAGGAGCCGCAAAAAGAAAUUCAACCAGAAAGAAAUAAGGAAAACAAAUAUAAUUGAAAAAGGAAAAAACUGAAUCAAUCAUAUAAACAAACGAAAAGCAGUCAAUUAAAAUAGCAACAACAAGUGGGAAAACGAACGAGCGCAUUUUUUAUAUGAAUUUUCCGUGACAUAUGGUCGAAGGGCGACAAUAGAGAAAUAUAUAUCAAUAUAAUCUUAUAUAUUCCGAAUAUAUAUAUAUAUAUAUAUAUAUAUAAAUCAAGGAAUUUAUCUGCACGACAAUGCCUAGCUCGAGGCGUGCCAUUUUGGGACACAUCAUGUCCGGCAUAUGCACGAAGAUGAACCGCACCAAGCCUGUGCCAGCGGACGUGAUGGAGACGCCACUGAAGCGCUGCCUGACCACCUUCGAUAUUGCACUAUUGGGCAUUGGCCACAUGGUGGGCGCUGGCAUCUACGUGCUGACUGGCACCGUGGCCAAGGAAAUGGCCGGACCUGGCAUCAUCUUGUCCUUUGUGCUCGCCGGAUUUGUUUCGAUGCUGGCGGCGCUUUGCUAUGCCGAGUUCGGCACGCGCGUGCCGAAGGCUGGAUCGGCUUAUGUCUACACCUAUAUAUCGAUCGGUGAGUUCUGGGCCUUUGUCAUCGGCUGGAAUAUUCUGCUGGAGCACAUGCUGGGCGCCGCCUCGGUGGCGCGCGCCUGGAGCGGCUAUGUGGACUCCAUGCUGGGCGGCUGGAUUGCCAAUACGACCAUGUCGCUGAUGGGCGGGCUGCAUGAGCCGGGGCUGGCUCAGUAUCCGGACGUGCUGGCCUUUCUCGUCUGCGUUGUCUAUGCGGCGGCCCUGGGCAGCGGCGUCAAGGCGACGGCCGUCUUCAACAGCGUGCUGACCCUGGUCAACAUUGGGGUCAUGCUGGUGGUCAUUGGCGUGGGCUUCUGGUAUGCCGAUGCCAACAACUGGUCCGAGGCGCAGGGCGGCUUUCUGCCCUAUGGCUUUGGGGGCGUAAUUGCCGGAGCUGCCACCUGCUUUUAUGCGUUCGUUGGCUUCGACUCGAUAGCCACGUCCGGGGAGGAGGCCAAGAAUCCAGCCGUCUCCAUACCCAUCGCCACGGUGCUGUCCCUUUGCGUCGUCACGGUGGGCUAUAUUCUGGUGAGUGCGGCUCUCACGCUCAUGAUACCCAUCAGCGAGAUCAAUCCGGCCGCCUCGCUGCCGGAGGCCUUUGGCCAGCUGCAUCUGCCGUGGGCGAAGUACAUCAUCUCCAUUGGGGCACUCUGCGGCAUGACGACCACAUUGCUGGGCUCGCUCUAUGCGCUGCCGCGUUGCAUGUACGCAAUGGCCUCGGACGGGCUGCUCUUCAGCUGCUUCGGGCGGAUCAGCCAGAGCACACAGGUGCCGCUGCUGAAUCUGAUUGUCUCCGGCCUGCUGAGUGCUGCUCUGGCCUUGGUCUUCGACCUAGCCAAGCUGGUGGAGUUCAUGUCCAUUGGCACGCUGCUCGCCUACACCAUUGUCUCGGCCAGUGUCAUCAUUUUGCGCUAUCGCCCGCUCACCCACGUGGGCACGCCCAAUCCCGUCUAUGCGCCAGACACGCCGGACGAGGAGAACGAUGAGGAUGCCGAUUCGCAGUCGAGCAUCGAUACAGCAUCCCCGACAAGCGAUCUGAUUGAGGGCGCUCUGGCUGGCCGUCUGAAGCCGCAAUUUCGCUGGCUGGAGCCACUGCUGGGCCGCUUCGCACCUGGGUCGGUGGUCUCGGUGGCUGUGCUGCUCUUCAUUGUGCUCAGCUUUGCCAUCUGCCUGGAGCUGAAGGUGUCGUGGGCGCAGCUCUACUCCGGCACCUGGUGGGCUCUGCUCGUCUACGGUUUCAUCAUCUUUGCGGCCAGCGCCUGUGUCGCCGUCAUGGCCGUGCACAAUCAGAACACGCGCGGAUUGAACUUCAAGGUGCCGCUGGUGCCCUUCGUGCCGGCCCUGGGCAUCUUUAGCAAUAUUAUGCUGAUGGUCCAUCUGGAUGCGUUGACCUGGGUGCGCUUCUUUGUCUGGGUCACCAUAGGCAUGGUCGUCUACUUCCUGUACGGCAUUCGGCACAGCAAGGAGGGCGAAGCCUGUUCCACGUACUCCAUUCUAAUGACCUCGUCGGAGGCAGGCAAACUCAACUGGGGAUCCUUCAAGGCUUCCAAGAAUGUGGCCAAGCAUACGGUGCUCGAACGUUUCCUGGGUCGUCGAAAAGUGGACGAUAAGAAGCCCAUUGUUGACGAGGAAUGCGACGAUAAUGCAGAGAGUCCAAAUUAAAUCAAUCGAUGAGAACACGUUUAUAUAUAUGUAUGUAUCUAUAUUUGAUCUGUUAUUCAAUUUACAUCAAUCGAAAAUUAUAUACUUACAUAUAUAAAGCUUGUUGAACAAAUAUGUCAGACGAACACAAACUAAUGUAACUCUAUAUAUAAAUAAAUGUAUAUGUUAUUCCUGUAUAUGUGGCCAGCCCUGCCUGUAACAAUUGUUAAUACAGUACCUUCCCAUCCAAUGUUAUGUACCACGCCCACUUCAGAAAUCUUUAUACCUACAUAUAUACUCUCUAUUAUAUCCAUUAUACGUGUACAUGAAUAUAUAUAUAUAUAUA